AUGGAAAAAUAUUACUUUGGCCGCGCCGUUGUUCUGUCGUACUUAAAAAAUAGUGAGGAUAGCCAGGAAGUUUCAUACAACUCUUUCUUAAACGAAAACCGGAAUGAGCUUGCCGCAUGCCCCCCUUUCGAUGAGAAUUGGUACUCGCUUCACAGCUGCUGGUCUCAACGGUUCAUAAAAGCGACGUUGGAGACCUUCGAUAGUGACGUUGUCAACCGACGGGUGAAUCUCGAAUUCAGGAGUAUGAGUGGAAUCUCAGUCCGAGUGCUAGGUGUGGGGCAGCUCCUGGCGGCGGAAGGACGGCUCUUGGCGGGUGAAUCUCGAAUCCAGGAGUAUGAGUGGAAUCUCAGUCCGAGUGCUAGGUAUGGGACAGCUCCUGGCGGGAGUAUGAGUGGAAUCUCAGUCCGAGUGCUAGGUGUGGGGCAGCUCCUGGCGGGUGAAUCUCGAAUCCAGGAGUAUGAGUCGAAUCUGUCCCAUAUCAAACGCGAAGCAAGAGACUCCAGCUAUGCAAAAUCUUACUGGACUUCUAUAAUACAAGAUCGAAAAAAGCUAUCUGUGAAGCAAACAUAUGAUACACAAAGCCUUGAGCUAUUAGACCUUGCUGGGACUUCUAUGUCAGGGGAAUUGAAAAAUGUGUAUUCCGGGAAACGCAAAAUACAAACUGUGCAUGAACUUGACAAGGGAGGAGAAUCUUCAACUAAGAAAGUUCUUCGAAAAAGAAAAGCAGUGAAUUACUAUGAAGAAACUGAUUCAUCUGGUACUAGUUCUGAAUAUCAAGAAAAAUCUGAAAAUGAUAAUAAAAAGAUUACAGAUGAACAAUUAGCCGAAUUCGAUCGUGCUUUCUAUGGCCUUAAUGAAGAAAAAAUGUGGACUCUUAAAUCUGGGCGCGUUGUUGAGAAGGUUAUUUACAAAUAUGCAAGAAAUUUGGAAUACGAGUCUUAUCUACAUUCUUUUAUCAUCAAUGACGUUGAUAAAAAAGUGAAGUUAUUGUUUGAAAAGGAAGAAUGGAAAGAGAUAUUUGACACAAACUGCAAAAAAAUGCCAAAAAUAGACAAAUCAGUUAUUAAACUGAUGAAGAAAUAUUCAGUAACAGAUCUGUCUUUAUUUCGAAAAAUCAUCUUCGACCCUUUCUUACCUGCUAACACAGUCUACUCUAAUGAGGACCACUACGAAUUGGAUUAUGUCAAUCUUGUGUAUCGCACCAUGCAUACGCUCUGGGGAGAUAAUGAUGAUUUCACUCUAGAUCCAUCGAGAUUGGAGGGAUGGUACCAACAGAAUAUAUGGAGCCCUAUUAUUGACCCAGCAUUCCGUAAUUCAAGGAUUAACUUGAUACGUGGAGAGGGUAUGAGCACGGCGUCUAGUGAUCGAAAGAACGAUGUAAGUUGUCAGCAAGGAAAGAACAAGAAAAUUGGUAGGAAAGGUGAUGGGAUUUUUAGAUUGAAAGGUGAUAGAUUAGAAUUUGGUGCGAUUGAAGCAGGAAGAAAGUGGGAAAAUAAUAAUGGAAAAAAAUACAUCAAUGACAGCUUAAAACUAAGCAAAAUGCUUAGAGAUAUGCUGGUGAUGCUUAUAACGGCUUGCAAUGACAGUGAACAGAUCGCCAGGCAACUACAGGUCCUUGGAAUAUUACAUAGCGCAAAUUGGUUCCAGCUCUUAACCAUGGAUAUUCCAAAGGGUUAUAUCUGUCGGAUUCAACAUUUCGACUUCCGUGAAGUGGCUGGCCGUAUAAACGAUCCUCCAUUAGCGUUUGUCAUCAAGGAUCUGUUAAGGGGGAAGGCUAUCAUUAUGAGGACGUUGGAAUUGGUGCAACAAGGAAAGACGCCAAACCUCGAUAGCCUGGAUGACUCUGACACCGACGACAAUGAAAGCUCAAAUCGGUGUAACACUCCUCCAUUCAUAAAUUUAACUUCGACUUUUACAACCCCUAUUAAGC